CGCCCCCACCCCCACCCCCUCGCAUGGUUUCCAUGGUUGGAUCUGCCGGCCGCCCAGUCGAUUUUGCCUUGAACGCGAACGUGAGCUCGUGGGCGCCGCUGCAUAUGCUUCGACGGAAGGAACGGGAGAUGGCGCUGCUGGAGGCCGUGAUUGGUGGAAGACGACGGGGAGUAUGACGAGGUCGGGAGGAGAGGUUGGAAGGAUGGACGCGGGAGUCAAGCCGCCACGAACGACGAGUCAAGCCGCACGGGCACGCGACCACCGUGUCUCCCGUCAAUCCGGUCGCCCAUGAGAGGGACGAAUGCGAUCAUGAGUUCAUGUCCAUGUGCUGGCGGUGGAGGAGGCGGAGGAGGGCUCAACUCGAGGUGGCCCAUCCUUGCGUCGGGGUCGUCGAUGGGGAUCAAUUGACCACCGGCAUGCAACGGCUCAGGUCCGGACUGCUGCGCGGCCAUGGGGCCAUGGCCAGGCGGAUCCACAACGCCCGGGUCAACGCGAGCGUCGGCCUAGACCUCUACUCCUUCAACACGCUGAUCCGGGGCUGCGGGCAGGUGAUCUGGAGCGUGCACGGAAGGUGUUCGAUGGUCCGUUCUUUGGGCAGUUAUGAAGAAAAGUGUGGAUUAUGCUAUUCUCUGUUCCGAUUCUUGCACCUGUUGGUUUUUUACAUUCAGAGCUCUGGAAAAUAUGAGAUGCUGUAUCUGCUUAUGGUUUGCUGCUUGCCCCUGUGCUGUGCUACAGAACUUACCUAACAUGCAGAAACCUGGAUGCGGGAAGGGCUCUGCGGUAGAUCGGUCAAGGGAACAGACUAUUGGAGCAGUGAAAAAGAAAAUGAAGGAACAGAUGGAUGAUUUUCAGGUAAUGAGAGAAUCAAUCGGGCAGGAGUACCGGGAAGUCGUUGAAAGAAGGGUAUUCACUGUAACUGGUAAUCGCCUUGAUGAAGAGACAAUUGAUGGUUUAAUCGAGACAGGAAGAAGCGAGCAGAUUUUCAAAGAUGCAGUUCAGCAGCAGGGGAGAGCCCAGGUAUAUAUAUGAGUUAUAAUUUGGUCAUGAUCUGGACACUUGUGGGAAAAACAAGUAGAAAUUCAUUGAGUACUACUGUCAAACUAUCUUCUCUAUAUAAGUGAAGUUUCACAGCCUCUACUUUUUGGUUAUUUUUUCCUUUGUUGAUGAAGGCACCCAGAUGUUCAUACAUUCUUGUAUGAACCAGCUUUCUAUUGUCAUGUUUUUAUUAUCGUUA